AAGAAACCCCGGCGUGCAGCAAGCUUGCGCAGAGAGCUCUCGCGUCCCGUCGGACGAUUCUGUCAAAAAAACAAACAAAACGGGUUCCGCGGCCCUGCCUCUCGGCUCGUUGCUCCUUUGGUCCGUGCGCGGGAUACGGACCAGCCAUCUACACAUCUAACUCUUGUCCGUUGCAGCCAAUCGAUCCUCGCUGGCCGCGGGCCGCGCAAGGCUAGACAAUCUCUAGACCAGCCUCAGACCAGCCACACUAAAACGCAGCCGCCGCGACGUUGCGCGUUGCCAACUCAGCAUCGCCGAGAGAUAACAGCUCAGCAGCGCUAUGGACACAACUCUCUCAGCCUUAGGAGUGGGCAGGAGCGGCCGCCACGCGCUCUGGCACCUCGGCCUGGCCUGCGCCGCUGGCGGUGCCGUAUUAGAAGCACUGACCAUCGCGGCGCCGUGCGCGGCCACGGAGUGGCUCGAGGACGACGACGACUCAAACGCUUCGGCGCGGGCGGGCACGGGGAUCGUCAUUGGUCAAAUAAUUGGCGCGGUCGGAUGGGCAGUGGCGGCUGACUUCUUGGGUCGCAGGGAGGCAAUUGUAUUAGCUUGCGUCGGGGCCACGGGCACCUGUGCCGUCGCCGCGUGCGCGUCAACGCCAUUCGCAUUUGAGGUGGGAGUAGCUGUCUGCGCGGCCAGCGCGACCGGCCUCUUUAUUCCGUCACUCCUACUCGCAGUGGAGCGGGCGCCCGUCACCGCGCGCGCCGGCUACGCGACGACGCUCGCGGCCUUUGUCGCUGUCGGCUCGGCUUUAGUUUUGGGAGCGCACGCUUUGCUUGCAGUAAUCGCCGGUGCAAUCGCAAGCUCCUCAGUCGGCGCGCAGUGGCGCGCCGCGCUCGCGUUCGCCGCGGCCCUGCCGUUCUUCGCCGGCAUCGCCUGCGCGCGAGGCCUGGUCGAAUCUCCGCGCUGGCUAUUAGCGUCAAACAAGCACGUCCAGCUGCGUACGCAAACACGCCAAGAAGCGGCACGGACCUUUAACGGUACGGGCACACCGGGCGCCAAUCGAGUCACAUCCAUCCUCGACGAUACUCUGCGCAACUCCGGCGAUGGCUCAAAGCCGGCCGUGCCUGCUCCGGGACAAGCCUGUAGAGCCUGCGUUGGGGGCGUCAAUCUGUGCGUCGUCGGUUUCGUAUUUCUCGUGGCCUUCGGGCUCUAUGGGAUUACGUCGCUGAUUCGCCUCGAGUUCGCGAGUGACGGAAGAAACGCGGCGGCGCCGUUCCGCCGGCGCCUGAGUCUGAGCUACGCGGACUCGGAGCCGUGUCCGGCGAUCGACUACGGCCUGGCGUUUUCGGGCCUGGCCUUCGACGUGCUCUUCGUGCUGAUAGCGCGCCAUGUCGUUGAUGUCAUGGGAAGGCAUCCUUGUUUAGCUGGCCUUGCAGCCUUCGCGGGAGGAGGAUUACUUUUCCUCUGUAUUCCAGAAUACUUCCCUUGGGCCAAAGGAGCUAGUAUAAACCUUGUCAUCUGCAUGAUGUCGAUGGCAAGAGGCGCGUUGACGACCGCAGUGUGGCUCACUUUGGUCUAUUCCGCCGAGACGCAAGGCGACCCGUCCUGAUCCGUGUGGAAAUCAACCAGUGCGUCGGGUGCACCGACAAUUCUUCACUAAGUCAUUUCUCGGCGAUGACGCGGCCGACCUGGCUCGGUCGAGCUGCGAGGAACCGGCAUCAGCACGCCAUCGAGCAGGCGUCGCGUCGAUGGCGUGGAGGACGACGCGACGAUUCAGCACGAACGCGCCGUAAAAUUUGAUUUCCACACAGGUCCCGAUCAGCUACCGUGGCCGCUGCCUAUUCAGCUAGAGGCUUGGGCGGUUUAGCGGCGUCGAACUGGGUAGCUUCUCCCAACUCGAUAUCAAAUGUGAUCCUGCUCGUCACUUUAGUCUGCGUUAGCGUGGGUUGGGCGGCGCACGCGCUGCCGAUGGAGAUGUCUAGAGUUCCAUUAGACUAUCACGAGCGCUCCAGGAACAGGCCGGUGGCCUCUACUCCGGUCCAAGCGCCGCAGCCGGCGGUGGGCGAGGUGUCGCCGUUGCUCGCGCAGUGAGUGGCCCUGGUGUAACCGUGUUGUUCAUCUAGUAGUCACAUAAAUAAGCUUAAUCUUCAGUGGCGCGCGCAGGCCUUGGUGCCGCGCUGCUGCCGAUGCGUCGC